UUCGUACAUCACACAUCGUUUUAGACGGGUUUAUAUUGCAAUCAAACGGUAUCGCCGAUGCAAAUUCUAAGAAAACGAAAAGUCUACCAACAAAACCCAGCACCAUUUGCGACCAUAAACAAAAGGCCAAACAAGAAGCAGAGUGUAAACGGAAACAACGUGCGUGCUAACAAACAUAAACACGGAUAGAAAUAAAAGAAACUACGGUUAUUUUGGCAGCGGGCGCGUUUAAUUCGAGCAGCUGUACUAAUUUAUGAAAAGCUGCAUAGAAAAAAAUUUAUCAGAGCCCAAAAAGAGGAUAUAUGGAAAUUUAAAUAAAAAAAAUACAUACAUAUGUACAUGUAAAUUGUAUAUAUAUGUAAGCGUAUCUGCAAGUCGAAGAAUUUUGGUGCGGUUAUAGCGAAAAUAGUGUCUCAAAAAAAGUCGCUUAGCGUCUGGUGUGUCUGCUUUUGCGAAAUUGGCAAAAUUUACCACAGACGAUGCACACGUUGCUACAUACAUAAGUACAUGCAGUGGCGUUAAACAAGUUUUGGCGAAAAAGAAUUUGCUUUUGUUGCAAACAGACUGUGAGGCCAAAAAGUGUAAGCCAAAAUUGUGGUGUAAUUCCGUGUUUAAAAAUAGUCAUUCAGCAAUAAAGCGCUUGGUGUGUCAGCGUGCUACGGCCAAACACAACAAAAUCAACACAAAGGAAAAGCAUAAAAAGUUUUGUGGAAAGAAAAUAAAAAUUACAGGAAGUGUAAAACAUACAGAAAAAAAAGCGAAAAUAAAUUUUGCGGCGGAGUGUUGCAUGCAGCAAACGUCGUUCAAAUAAAUAACGCUACAUACUGCAGUUACUACAACAACUCGCACGACAGAUUUUAAUUACUAAAUUACACAGCUGAAGCUUAGCUACCAUGGCGCCCACAAUCUGUUCUGAGAAGAAGCCGCGCCAAAUACGCGCAAAUCUUAAGGAAAUACGCCGCCAACCAAAUACCGCAGCCAACGCAUUAUUGUCAACGCUAGCGACGCCCGGCAGCGCUGCCACAAAUGGCAGUGGCACAUCUAGCAUUAUAAAUUACGUGGCAGGCGGACGCACCUCAUCCACACUGCGCGUACGUGGCCAAAGCGACGACAGUACAGCCGACAAAUCCUACACAGAACCGUUACGCGGUGAACGAUUGCGUAUGGAGGACGAGGAGGAUGAACAGGAAUUAUCCGAGAACUUCGUCUCUUCAUCCACCAUGGGACCGGAAUUGGUGCGGGCAAUAAUCGACGAACAUAUGGAGCUGGACAAUGACACACUCGAUGAAGAAGACUGCGAAGUACAUUCCAUAACAGGUGGCGCGCGCUAUGACAAUGACAUUGCUGCCACCAACAGCAACAGCAACAGCAAUARCAACAACCAUAGCAGCCAAGCACGACAAAUGCUGCAUUGCACCGUUAAAACAGUAUUCCCAGCACCAGCGCUGAGCGACAAACAAUUGCUGACAACACACACAACGAAUUUGAGCGCCAGCAACUGCAACAAAAACAACAGUCACAAGCGUCUUUACGGCAGCGAUGAAGAGGACACCGACUCCGACACAUAUUCUAGCAUGUGUGAGAUCAAGAAAACCGAAGGUCUGCUAUCGAUAGCAUUGAAGACGAUCAAAUUGGUGAAACGUAAUCAAUUGUUGCAAAGGCGUUUGGCGCAGCUGCAGGUCGAGACAUCGGAGUUCAUACAAUCGGUAAUGGCAAAUCCGGAGAAUCGACACAUUCGCGGUAAUAUGAAUUCGCCGGCAACAACAAUAUCGUCAACACCGUCAUCACCUUCAAUGCCUUCGCCUUCAACCGAAUCACCGCUAACACCGUUACAAUCGCCAACAACAACAACAACAACAACGCAGCAGAGUCAAAACGCGGCGGAGGCCUAAAAUGUUGCCUGAACUGGAGUUAGCCUAAGCGUAGUUUUAUUGUAGCGAGCAGCAUGUUGCUGACGCUUGGCAACAUGUUGCACAAACACUAAAAUGUAGCUUGAACUAGUGAGAGCCUAAGCGUAGUUUUAUUGUAUCGAGCAACAUGUUGCUGGCGCUGGGCAACAUGUUGCACACACACUACAAUGUUGCGAAGCACAAUUCAACUAACAUUUAUACAUAUACUUAUACAUAGGUAUGAACACACCCAUACGCAUAUAUACAUCAUUUCAGUGCUUUGCUUUUGCGCGGCGUGUUUUUGUUUUUGGUUUUUAUUUUAUUGGCAGCCAAUCGAGAUGCUUGCAUUGCAUACUUGCAGGCGUACCUCAAUUCUAUUUCAAAAUGUGAUAAAUCAGCAAAAACAAUGCAAGCACACCACAGCGUAGCCGCAAUUUAUAUACAUAAAUACUAUUAAAAAAUGAAAUCAUAUACACGCAUAGACAUACACA